AUGAAGAUCAGUGACAAAGAAAUCCCUCAUCCUAUCCACCCACAACACAAGCUAAAACUUGAAUACACAGAGAUCCCAUUCACAUGUGACGGCUGUAAGGAAGCUGGCAUAGGUCUCAAAUACAGUUGCCAUCAGUUUGAUCUGCACAAGGCGUGUGCUGAGCCACCUCUUGUCAUCAACAAUUCCUUCUACAGGAAAUGCACUUUCGAAUUUCACCAUCACCCUCCAGGUGAAGAGAGGAGGAUAUGUGAUGCAUGUAGAAAGGAGGUUCUAGGCUUUGUCUACCACUGCAAGCGAUGCGGAUUCGAUCUUCAUCCUUGUUGUGGAAACCUCCCUCAAGUUCUAGACGACGGCGAGCACAAUCUUUACCUGUGCGUCAAGCUCUCUGGCGCAUGUCAUAAAUGUGGGGGCAAAGGACCAGGUUGGGCUUACAGGUCUCGCUGCAAAACGUAUAACCUUCAUUUGUCAUGUGUUAAGGAGUUGUUAGUGGAAAGCUGGGAAGCCAUGUAUCUCCAGGUGGAUAAAAACAAGGUGAGGGAGAUGCAGACCAGGAUCCCUAGCCUCAAGGGGACGUUGGCAAACCAUCAUGGGAAUGGAGGAAUUAGAGGUGGAAAAGUUAGGAAGUGCUGUCGGAUGGCUGGUGGUGCCAUUCGCAUUAUUGUCUCUGCUAUCCUGGGAGAUCCUACAUCUAUAAUUGCUGCAGUCGUAGGGGGUUUCAUAUCCAAGUAA